GAUGUGGUUCUUCCUAUGCUUGAACCUCCACCAGCACAUAUGUCUCACAGCACUCUCGAUACCCGACAGUUUCAGGACCUCCCCCUGUCAGAGACAAGUGCGCCUCCUCACUGGUCUGCGCGUCGUGCCGAGGAGUGGGCCUCAACAAAUGCCGUGACGCCCAGCGCCACAGGGCCUCACAGGGACCGGGUGUCGACAAGCAUGUACGCGGUCCCAAACACCUCGUGGCCCCCUCCUCCAGCCCAACUGGCUGAGCACAACACGAGCCGACACACCAUGAGCUCUAGGGUCGCGACGACCGACAGCAGUGAGCGGUGGAACAAUAUCUACCAGCCGGAGCAAGGCUAUGUGGAACGCCGCAUAGGUAUCGCUUCGAAUAGAUUCACCAGCUCGUCGUGCGGUAGCGCAGCACUAGCGUACACGAGUCAUUUGCCCACAGCACCAUCGCCGGCUUCGCUCUUGACGGGCCGUUGCAUGCAGCCGACAUCAAGUGGCAUGAGGCCCGACCAUCACCGGCCACCAUCGCCGCCGAAGACGACUCCUCUCAGCAGUCCACACAAGCGGUCCUGCGACUAUGGCCAUGCCCUCUCUUUGACUCCGGCCGGGGGAUCCACUUGCAGGGCCUUAUCAGCCAAGGCACCUCGACCACCAUCUUCCGCAUUGUCGUCUGCCAUCCCGCGAGUACCGACGCCGCCAUGGGGAUACCGGCCGUCGGGUAUCAUACACGAGGAGGCUUGGGUGCUCGACGAGCCUAUGGACGCCGCCCUCGCCGAGCGCCUCGAGUUGGACGGAGCUCGCUUGGAGAACGCGCUGUCGCUGGCUCAGGCUCAGCGCGGCAGCCCGCCGUACCGCCCAGAUAUUCACUCGGGCACAGUGUACGCGGAGGCUCCGCCACCGCGGGAUGCAGGCAGGCGGUCGCACAGAGACAAGUUCAGCGACGACGUGCAUGAUGUGGGUGCGGAGUAGCUGGACCUGGCGUUGCGACUGCCGAUGAGUCUCGCUGCGGAUAUUUCUAAUAUCUCGAAUGUCAACAAUUUCUCACGCGCCUGUCAUACUUCACGCUUCUCCUGUACAGAGAGCUGCUGCGAUUACAGCGCAAUCCGCUUUCUCGUGUCUUGGCUCGUACCUCAUAGUACUAACCUUGCUACACAUGCAAACCAUUAUUAUAGCAAGUCUAGUAACAUCGUACCGUCCUGCAAUGGCCUUGUCGAAUGCAACGUGUUGCGC